AUGAUUCCUCGCUCACUUCGCGCUUCGUCUCGUCUUUCUGCUCGCCGUCUCGCUCUUCCCGCGUCCUCUUCAUCAUCCGUCGCAGCACGAUGGUCUCGGUAUUACGCCACACCCUCGAACGACUCUAAACCACCACAAGAGAACAAAGACGAGCAGCCGAAGGAGAACAAGCAGCCAGAGGAGAAAGGCAAGGGGAAGGAGGCAGAGUCCAAGCCGUCAGAGGAGAAAUCCGAUCUGAGCGGCAUCGAGAGUUUCUUCAAACGGUACCACCAGCAGUCGAAGGGCCAGGAAAAUGACCAGAAGAAUGCUCCACCACCACCCCCUCCAGGUGGCAACAACAACAACAAUAAUAACCAGCAGCUCGCAUUAUACGUCGCUGGCUCCGUAAUCGCCUACUACCUCCUCUUCAAUCCCUCUUCAAAUAGCACUCGCGAGAUCACCUGGCAGGAGUUCCGCACCUCGCUCUUGGAGAAGGGUCUCGUCGAGAAGCUGACUGUCGUCAACAACCAGAGAGUGCGCGUUAAGCUCCACCCGAAUGUUGCUGCACAGGCCUUCAACCUUCCACAAUCCGGCGAGUACUACUUUUCAAUAGGCAGCGUAGAGGCCUUCGAGCGUAAGCUCGAGGACGCUCAGCGCGAGCUCGGUAUUCCCUCACACGAUCGCAUACCUGUUUCCUACCACGAUGAGGUCUCCGUCGGCCGCACUCUCUUCAGCUUCGCUCCCACCAUUCUUUUCCUCGCCGGCAUGAUCUGGCUCUCUCGUCGCGCAGGUGGCGCCGGAGGUGGUGGCGGUGGCAUCUUCAAUGUCGGAAAGAGCAAGGCCAAGCUUUUCAACAAGGACGCAGCCGUGAAGACAAGGUUCGCGGAUGUGGCAGGUAUGGACGAGGCCAAGGAGGAGAUCAUGGAGUUCGUCAGUUUCCUCAAGGAUCCAACACGGUACGAGAAACUUGGUGCCAAAAUCCCUCGUGGCGCCAUCCUCUCUGGUCCUCCUGGUACCGGUAAGACCCUCCUCGCAAAGGCCACCGCAGGCGAGGCCAAUGUCCCCUUCUUCUCUAUCUCCGGUUCCGAAUUCGUCGAGAUGUUCGUCGGUGUCGGCGCCUCCCGUGUCCGUGACCUCUUCGCCACAGCCAAGAAGCACGCACCCGCUAUCGUCUUCAUUGACGAGAUUGAUGCCAUCGGUCGCUCGAGGAAGGGUGGUAAGGCGAGCGGCGGCGGGAAUGACGAGCGCGAGUCGACUCUCAAUCAGCUGCUCGUCGAGAUGGAUGGUUUCGGGACGGAUCAGCACAUUGUUGUGCUUGCUGGUACCAACAGACCUGACGUCCUCGACGAUGCCCUUCUUCGUCCUGGUCGUUUCGACAGGCAUAUCGCCGUCGACCGACCAGACCUGAGCGGACGUCGCGAUAUUUUCAAGGUGCAUCUCAAGCCUAUCGUCCUCGCCAACACGCUCCCUCCACUCGACGAGUUCGCACAGAAGAUGGCCGUCCUCACCUCUGGCUUCUCCGGUGCGGACAUCGCGAACAUCUGUAACGAGGCUGCGCUGCACGCUGCGAGGCAUAACGCCGAGGCCGUCGACGAGAAGAACUUCCAGUACGCUAUUGAGCGUGUGAUCGUCGGUUUGGAGCGCAAGUCGAGGGUGUUGAGUCCGGAGGAGAAGAAGACGGUGGCGUAUCAUGAGGCUGGACAUGCCAUCUGUGGAUGGUUCCUUGAGCAUGCCGAUCCUCUGCUCAAGGUCAGCAUCAUCCCAAGAGGUGUUGGUGCUUUGGGUUACGCUCGGUACCUUUCAACCGACCGCUACCUCCUGUCUGCGCCACAAAUGCUCGACCGGAUGUGCAUGACGCUCGGUGGACGUGUCUCCGAGGAGAUAUUUUUCGGGACAGAGAACGUGACGAGCGGUGCGCAGGAUGACUUGCAGAAGAUCACCCGGCUGGCAUUCGAGGCAUGCGCGAACUGGGGCAUGAACGAUAAGAUUGGUCCGGUCAGUUAUGGUGGGACGAAGGGGACGACGGAGGGGUGGAAUAAGCCUUUCAGUGAGAGGACGGCGGAGACGUUGGACACCGAGGUUCGCAAGAUGAUCACUGAUGCGCACAAGCGGACGACGGAGCUGUUGACGAAGCACCGCGAGGACGUGGUCAAGGUCGCCGAACUUUUGCUCGAGAAGGAGAACAUCACCCGUGAGGACAUGCUCAGACUUCUCGGCAAACGUCCCCUUGGCAAGGGCGACGACAUGGACAAGUGGCUCGACGAACAGGAAAGGAAGGGAGGAGGUGAGGUCAGCGCGCCGCCGCCGCUCGAGCCUGGCGAGACGGACACGGGUCCUUCGCCGCAGCCUGAGCUCGCUACUACGAGAGUCGCGGAGCGGACAUUGCAUCUGUAG